CUAAGGAUUUCGAACUACGAACACGCGUUUCUCGCGACCGUGGAAGCUGCUUCCGCAAUCCGAGUUCUAGAUGCCGUAUCCUCCGUGAUGAAUUCAAAAUCGCCCCGCUGACAGAUCUAGCGUCAAAUCCAUUCUGCGGGCAGCCGCCAACCUCAUAUGCAUACUUCGGAAAAUGUCCUAGUCUCAUCACAGAACCGAAUCUGCCGAGUGCUUGGGAAAAACAGGAGACUACCGGGUUAUUCCCGUGGCAAUUGGUCAACAAGGAAAUCCUCUCCGCUCAUGCUUAGACUUGAACCGAUUUUCCGGAGUCAAACGCCGCAGAAGUGAGUCGUCGCUGAACAUCACGAAACUCUCGGAUGACGCAGCAUGGCAACCCACAGUUCCACCCGGGUAAAGCGUGAUACCCGAACUUUCCUCGAGAACAUCGUCACCCAAUCUCUGGAUGCCCUGCUGAAAGAUAUCAGUAAGAUCCGUUUCGCAUUCGAAGCGAAAAAAAGUGCACGGUUCGAGGAUUUCAGCACAACCUUCCGUGAGCUCGGGGCGUCGAUGUUGUUCCAGGGACAUGCAUCUGAAACGAAUGCGAAAAUUUUCAUGGAAGACAUCUGUGAGAUUCUCUUGUUAGAAUUCGAGGAUACUCAGGUGAUAAUUGCUAAAAUAUUCAUUGUCUACAUGUUGUACGCUUCGUACUACUGUCAGACAUGCAGGCCUCGGGUUCCGAUCCGUCUAAGAUACGAUGACGAGAAGCGACUAGAGGCAUUCUUGAACACAUGCCAGAAAGACAACCAUUCUGACAUUGUAUACGCGAUUAGAAGGCUGCAAGCGGAUUGCGCCUUUCACUACGUCCAUACGUUGCGCUCAUACGGCUUCAAAUCCUACAUCCUCGAUCCUCAGCAGUCAACCCAUCGGAAAAUGCGACUCAACAACAAAAUCGCCAGCCACAGACAUGUCCUGACCAGCACCGACCUCUUCCGGCGGCUCUCGUUCGUUCAUGAAAAUUACUGCGAGCUGAAGAAAGCUCUCAGUCUGAGGGCAGAAGAAGAAUCGCUCGAGCGCGAGAACCCCUUCGACGACAUGCACAAAUCCGUUCUUGGUGCUGGUUCAAGAGCUCAGCUCGGGGAAGCCGAAGCUCAGCCAGUGUCGGAGGACUUCUCGGAUGACGGCGGUGAUGAUCUAUGA